AGCUUUUAAACAUUCGAAACAUGAAAAAUUUGAUCUUGAAUUGGAAAAUGAAGCUAUGAUAGAUGAAGAAGAUGUUAAAGGAAGCUAUAAUGAAGUUUUACGAGAAAAACUUUUGCAGGACCCAUUAAACUAUGAAAAAGAUUCUAGAGUUAAUUUAGAAAAAAAUCUUAUCAAUACCUCGAACUUGAAAAAUUCUGCACAUCAAAAAAAUGAGGAAUGUGUUUAUAGCAAUGAAGGUGUUUCUAUGAAACUACGCAAGUCGAAUGAUAAAAUGAAAACGGAUUCGCAGAAUACAACAGAUGAUAAUAAAGAAAAUUGCGUAGAAAACUUAACAAAAUCUAAUAAUUUCGAAGUUAAAUCUCAAAUUUCAAAAAAGGAACUUUCGGAAAAGAAGUUACCGGAACCUACAGAAACAGAUGCAAAAAAUUUUGAACUUAAGAAAAAUUCUCCAAAUAUGAAAAUAAAUCCUCCAACUAAUUUGCUGCAGCAUCCUAUAAAGAGCUGGUCUGGGUCAUCAGUUCAAAAUAAGGAAAAGAUACCAGUUCCAAAUGUGAUUAAAUAUGUGGAAAUUUAUGAAAAGAAAAGGCAAGAUUAUUUAAAAAAGCAAAAAGAAGAAGAUCGAAAAAAUAGAAUUUUUCAUAGUAAACCUGCACCUAACUUCGCUUUAGUAAGAGAAAAUUCUAAAAAGCAAUAUAUUGAAAAGAAAAUAACCGAGCCUAUUACGCCAAGGGUUUUAAAAAAUUCAUUUAAAGCUAGCGAAAAGUUGAAAAAGUUAGAAAACAUAAAACAAAAAUCUCCAAAAAAAUAUCACGCAAGAGAAGCCAGGGUUUUAAAUGAAAGCCCUUUUGUUCCAAAGAAGGAAACUCACGUUCUAGAAACUCAACCUUUUAAAUUACAUAUUGAAAAAAGAUUGUGCGAACGUAAAUAUUUUGAUGAAAAGAUUCACAGGUUAAUGGAAGAAAAGAAGAAGAAAGAAGAAGAGGAACGAAUUAAAAGAGAUGAAGAACUAUCAAAAGAAUUCAGAAAAAUGACAACAUUCAAAGCACGUCCAAACCCAUUUAAAUAGGAAGUUCUUAUCGUAGUUAUGUGUAACAAACCAAUCAUCGUAUACAAAAUUAAUUGUCACAAAAUGUCAUUCUAAGGAUAACAUAGAAACUUUUUGUUUUCAAAACAUCAUACAUAUUAUUCUUUUACUACUACUUUCAUGCCAGUGUUGGAUCAACAUUUAAAUAAUAGUAUAAAGAUACUACACAUUUAUUAAAAUUGUAAAACUUUUUGUUGCAAUCAAUUAAAUACAACAUGUUUUAUUAGUAUAUAUGACAAGUAUUACACGAAUUUAAAGUAUUAUUUGAAA